AUGCCUGGAAAGUGCGUUCACAAGGGCUGUGGCAAGACCUUUGCCGACGACGAUGAAGAAUGUGUCUAUCACCCUGGACCAGGUCAAAAGGUACUUUCUCUCUGCCACACCAUCCCUCGCGCGAACAGUUCGUUGAUGUCGAAUUCGAACNNAGGAUGGAAAUGUUGCAAGCCUCGUGUCUUGACCUUCGACGAAUUCAUGGAAAUCCCUCCCUGCACGACCGGAAAGCACAGUACUGUGGAUGAUACUCCCGUCGAAGAAUCAAAGACCGCUCCUGCCGAUGCUCCAACACUAGCAGCACCCACACCUGCCUCCGAGCCAGCAGCACCAGGUCGCGCUCCCACAGCACAGGCCCCACAACCACCUGCCUCGCCCGCACCCCCAGAGGACGAAGACGAUGACCCAAACACUCCCGUUCCAGAUAACGCAACCUGCAAGCGUAAGGCUUGCGGAGUAACACACAAAGGUGCACCUCGUAGCGACGACGAAAACUGCCAGCACCACCCGGGUGCCCCAAUCUUCCACGAGGGCAGCAAAGGCUGGUCAUGCUGCAAACGCCGCGUCUUGGAGUUUGACGAGUUCCUCCGCAUUCCUGGCUGCAAGACAAAGUCACGUCACUUGUUCGUGGGUGCAAAGAAAGACGACGGAGAAGAGAAGUUGGAAAGCGUGAGACACGACUUCUACCAGACACCUGACAAGGUCAUGGCAAGUCUGUAUCUGAAGAAGAUUGAUAAGGCCAUCUCAAAGGUCGAGUUCCAAGACAAGACGGUGGAUUUGGAUCUCAGGACGAGCGACAANAAGAGGUUCCAGCAGGUCGUACCGCUGUUUGGUGCCAUCGAUAAGGCAAAGAGCGAGUUUAGCAUCAUGGGUACUAAGCUGGAGUUGAGAAUUGUCAAGGCAGACGGCGCUUCAUGGCCAGUCUUGCGCGGCGACGAGAAGCACACUGGAGAAAUUAUCCAGAUGGGCCGCGCUGGCAGGGCAUGA